AUGUCGUUUUCCCGGAGCCUGGGGCGGGGCUCAGUGCGGCCGUUUGCUCGGCGCAUAGGCAACUUCAGUAGUCUCGACAUCAACCUCAAUCUCGCGUCAAGACGAGGGGUCGUCACAGAGGCAGAUGUUGAGAGUGCUCGGAAAUAUUGUGUCGGCCAGCUGAGACACGGCGACUACGACGCAUAUCUCAUCCGCCAAUUUGUGCCUCGUUCUGCUCAGCAUGCCUACGAUGCUCUGCGCACGCUCAACCUUGAGCUCGCCAGGCUCCCAGAGACUGUGUCAAAUCCCACAAUACGCCAGCUGAGGCUGCAAUUCUGGAAGGACACCGUCAACAAGACUUUUGCUGGCAACCCUCCACGGGAACCCAUCUCCAUCCUCCUUCACAAGAACAUUACAGAUCUCGCCGAGAGGACCGGCUCAAGCACCGCCGCUAAUUCCAUCAAGUUCUGGCUGCUGCGCUUCAUCAACACCCGGGAGGCGUUCAUGGACAACAGACCCUUCACCAACCUGGCUGCUCUCGAGGACUACGCCGAGAACACAUACUCGACUCUGAUGUACAUUACACUGGCUGCCAUGGGCAUGCGUUCUGUCCAUAUGGAUCACCUCGCCAGCCACAUUGGCAAGGCCUGUGGUAUAGUGGCUGUUCUCCGAGGUGUUCCCAUUCUAGCUGCGCCACCGAGGCCUGUCCAAACUCCCGCCGGCGGCGUCGAAGCUGGAAACAACAGGAGCCAGGCGCUUCUCUUACCGCUCGAUGUCAUGGCUGAAGUGGGUUUGCGGGAGGAGGAUGUCUUCCGUCAUGGACCCAAUGCGCCAGGCCUCCAAGACGCUAUCUUCAAGGUGGCGACACGAGCCAAUGACCAUCUCAUCACAGCUCGGGACAUGUUGAACAACAUCCACCAGAAUAUGGACCCUGGCCACGAGUAUGAGCACCAAGGGGAGUCUGGUCAUCUGUAUGAGGGCGCCUACGAGGAGGGCGCUACCAAGGCUGAAGUCAAACGAGGCUUUGGCGUGCUUCUCGAAGCUGUGCCUUCGAGCGACUAUCUGGAACGCAUCGAGAAGGCCAACUUCGAUCCAUUCCAGAUCCGCAACAGCUGGAAGCUGCCGUGGCGCAUCUGGCGAGCACUUAGACAACAUCAUGUGUAGCAACAUGAGUGGAAUAUGCACCAGCUAAGGCUUUGACGGAAUUUUUCGUCAUUGGCGAGCCCUUGCACCAAUCAUUGCUGUGAUUCCUAACUAGCAUAUUAUCCCGCAUGAGUUGCAAUGUGGUGGUGAUGGCUCGAAAUCUUGGUCACUUUCGCCUGUCAACGGAAUGAACACGUCAGGUUGACAAUGAACGACGGUAUAGCU